UGCAUGCGCUUUCUGGAGCCCUUGAUGGGUGGAGCCGUCUUCAACGGUUCCAUCACAUCUGCCGCACAGAAAUACCACCCCUUACAUGAUCUUAUCUGCCGAUAGUACUACGUAGAAGGAGCACGGCAUUCCUUCCUUCCUUCCGUCCACUGGCAUCAUUGGAAAGGCCACGAGACUAGCAACGACCCUGCCCUUGUCGCUUUUGAGCGGGAGCCCUCUUGACAUUAUCCGGAGGAUUUACAAUUUGACUCUAUAGAGUGGCGUCUGUAGCGAGAGAGCUAUGGUGCGACCCUCGGAUCACACAUCUUGUCGUCAAGCAGUAUAGACUUGGAAUCGAAUCACAUUAGUGUUUCGGUACUUGGCCGCACCUCCCUCUAACGCUGUCCUGAACUUGAACAAAAUAUAAAUUCAACAAGCUAUCAAAAAAAACCGCACUAUUACCAUUCUGCGGAUGGACCCCAGGCAUACUCUGUGUCCAGUGCCAAACCCGCAGCGGAGUUGAGCUCAAGCAGCAGCAUGUUCCCGCCCUCCGCCGCGUCGCUGGAUACCUCGAGCCCUUUGCCCCCACGGCCAACCCAGCCGCCGAGAACUGCUCGGGUUGAACUGGGAGACCCAGGACCUGGCCAUCAACCGCGCCAACACCACGGCCUCCAUUGGCGCCCAUCACUGUCGGGCGGAUCCUCAUGAUCCUUGCAGGCAGCAUAAAGGCGGAAACAUUUGCGCGCUUUCAAGCCAGCCCAAAGGUCCCGCUCAACCACCUUGAUGAGAUCACAGUGACUUAGGCAAUAGGAAAGACAAUAAUUAGUGUGUGAGGUGGGUCACAUGACAUACCUACAACGCUAGUAUUUAGUCCUGGGUUCGUUGGCUUCCUUUGCCGGCUUUCCCUCAAUCCGACAGUUUGCACCUCCGACAGGAACCGACGACACCGAGACGGAAAACCACCCUGGGUUGGGGUUUGUCGCCCUUUGUCCCAGGGGCUCCCCUGACCAACUUUCGGCGCAACCCCAGCCAUAAUGGAACUGCAUGCCGCCGGCCUCCCUCUACUAUAAUUCACACCAUUACCAGCACUCAACCGAAGGCGACAAUCAACAAACCUUUGUUGCAACCCGUCGAACAAACUGUGUUUCCAAGGGCUCCCGUUCGUUCUCGACGCCGAGUUGAGGCGGGAUUUCUUGUGGGUGGUGCAUGGUGGCAUCGCGAGCUUUGCGGCUACCACCAUGCGCGCAUGGGUUAUCCAAAGUCUGUUCCUCCGGGAAAACCUCAACGGCUAUUCCAUUGCCACUCAUCCUUCAGCUCGACGUGAGCCAGGCUAUUCCGUCAUAAACUGAGACUGUACUUGUACUGAGAACACCGUCUUGACUUUGCUGUACCCCAAUUUUGUCAUUCCCCAUUUGACCCCGUUACAAACGACUAUUUAGCUCACUUUCUAAAAUGUACAUUGCUUGCCGUUUUAUACGUCUUAGCCACCUGCACAGAACUAUCCUGUUUGCUCCGUGCUGUACUUACACCUCUUCUCCCGCAGGGCUGGAGCGGCAGCGAUCUGAACAAGGAUACGGUCUCGGUUUUGGCUUGGUUCCGACUCGGACAAAGAACUUUUUUCCUGCCGUUAUCAAGAGUAGCAGCUCUCUCGUCGUCCGAGGCCUCCGAGGGCUGUAUACGCAGCCACACCUGUCGGGACCGAGGGUUUUCCUUGCCAGCUCCGGGGAGGUGCCCACAACUUUCCAUCACUUUCCUAUAUCUUUUUUCUUGACGUCCCAAGAAUAUGAGAUGACUUUAAAAAACCAUGCCAUCUUUUUGCCCCCAGGCAGGCCCCGCGCCCAGGUGACGGUGACAUGUGUAGGGCAACGCAACCCCAUCCACUCUCCUGCUACCCACCAGCCCUCUCUGUUUUUGUCCUUAUCUUCACUUACCUGCCUCAGACCCUCAGACGCCGCAAGAAGCUGGUCCAGAAACAAAAUGCAACCCAGCUGUCUAUUGCAGCACCUUCCAGCCGAGCUUGUUUUGAACAUUCUAGAACAAUGCAGCUCAGCUGGAGACGUCUUUGCGCUGGCCAGUGCUUGCCAGCGGCUAUAUAACACCUGGAAGGCCAAAUCCGGAGGCGUCCUCUGGCGGAUAUUUCUCAAGGAGAUGCCUGAUUUCGACGAUGCCUUGAUCUCGGCACGCCUAGGAGAGCAGGCCCGCGAGGCCGAGGCCCGGCGGACGAUUCAGUCGAUCGCUCUAUCGCCAGGAGACUUCAGUGGCCACCGUAGAGUCCCAACCAUCUCGGAAGUGAAAGCGGCCAGGGCCUUUCGCCACCUUGUCGACGCCCUGGUUACCUACACCGGCGACCUGGACCUCGAACAUCCCGAGGAUAGGGCCGACCGUCGCACGUGGCCUCGCGGCCAGGAAGACAGCGGGCCAGAAUCACCAACCCGAAUGCCCGAAUGGGACGACAGCGUUCGGAAGGCACUCUACAGGGUGCUCAUCUGCGGCGCGGCGCUGGCGGGCCCGUACAACGAGCCCCUGGUCGUCGCCCGAGCAAGCGACGACCCGGCAGUCAACGGUCUGCCCGGUCGCUUUGGUGCCCAAGAGCAAGCCGGGAUGGGCCUGUCCGACACGGAGGCCGACUUCCUCGACCGGUUCACCGUCUGCAGCAUGCAGGCGACCCCCCAGGAUGAGGAAGUCGUCUUCGGCCCCCUCUGCGACUGGCUUGUCGGCAACAUCUUGUCCGACUCCGACUCAAGACGGGCAACGGCGGAUCGAUUCCAGCGGACCUGCGGCCGGGCCCUUUGCUGUCGGAACCGCCAGAGCCCAGGGUCGUGCCGGAUAGAUCUGAUUGGGAGCAACGGCGCGCAUUCAGACGCCCACCUGGUCGUAUGGGAAGCCGCAAAGAUGAUCUGGCUAUACCAGCACUUCGCUGAACUGUUGCUUCCAAGCGCAGAGCCAGGGCCGGUUGGAGCCCCCCAAGGGGUUGGCCAGGACCGGCUUUCCAAGGCCCUGGCCGUCUUUUUCGGCGUGUUCAGGGCCGAGGACGUCGCCCUGAUCAAGCCUACCUCGACCAACCAACCCGAUUUCGCCUCGGCCAACCUUUCCAUCCCAGAGGAAGGCGACCACAUCGAGCUACAAUACGACGACUUUUCAAACAUCGAGUUCCGGGCCUCGGGCGUCACGCUCUUUACCGACUGGAUCUACCACGAGUCCGGCCGCUCGAGCGUUCGUGGUUCCACUGGACACCCAGUCGCGCCGUUGCGACUCAAGUUCUUCGACUAUUUUCUUCGGAAAACAGUAGGACUUCCAAUCAUCCGUGGGUCAUACAGACAGUUCCACGACGAUUUCACUAUGUUGGUGACAAAUACUGCCACCUUCGCACUGGAUGACGUGGAGGGAAGGGAGCCAUCUGACCAGUCCACCAUCGGGUUCUUUGACAGUUCCCACUUCUUUUGAAAGAUUACCACUAGGUACAGGCGGAUUUUAUAUAGGAGGGGGGAGGAGAAGAUAGUCGCUUCUAGCGUAGAGCCUUUGUCGAUCAAACCGAAGAGUUGAAAAGCUUACAGUCUUGUAUGGCUACAAACCACAUAUAGAGAACAU